AUGAAAACUGAAAAUCCAAUAUUUUCUAUCAGACCCAUGGAAGGAAGAAAAGCUCCACCAAGUCAUUACUCAUUCAAAAUCGAGUCCUUCUCAUUGCUUUCCGAGUCCUCAGUAGAAAAAGUUGUCUCGGAAGAGUUUGAAGCAGGGGGUCACAAAUGGAGCCUGUCGAUAUACCCAACUGGGAACUUAAAAGAAGAUGGGCAGGAUCAUGUUUCUAUUUAUUUGGUGCUUAUGAAUACAUGUUGUUCACCUCUCGAUUGGGAGGUCAACGCCAUUGUAAAUUUUUCUGUGUAUAAUUUUCUCAACGAUGAGUAUGUUGCCACUCAAGAUACAACUGUAAGGCGUUUCCAUGUCCUGAAAACUGGGCGGGGUAUCUCAAAAUUCAUUGGCCUUGACACAUUUAAGGACCCUUCAAAUGGAUAUCUGAUUGACGAUACUUGUGUGUUUGGAGUUGAGGUUUUCGUUGUCAAGACCAUGAAUAAAGGCGAUUGCUUAUCAAUGAUUCAUGGAUCUGUCACUCAUUCAUAUAGUUGGAAAUUUAACAACUUUUCAAUCGUUAAUUUAGAAGAGUACGAGUCUGUAUCGUUUGUCGGUGGAGACUACAAAUGGAAGCUUAAUUUAUAUCCUAAUGGACACAUGGAGGGCAAAGCCUGUCAAAAGUUCUCCAAUUCGAGUUCAGCAUGGGGGUCCAGACAGCUUGUGGCCUUGGCAAAAUUUAAAGACCCAAAUAAUGGUUUCUUGGUGGACGAUACUUGCAUCCUUGAAGCUGAAUUUAAAGUUCUUGGCCUAAUUACGCCUGGAAUUAACUAA